CAAUGGGCAGCACAUGUAUAAAAAAGAGGCCACACUCCUGCAGACAUUUACUUCACAGAACGUUACUUCUGAGAGGAAGAACCAUGUGUCUUAACAUUGCGAUACUUUUCCUUGCCUUGCUUUGGAUUCCCACUUCCUGCGAUGUCGGAUGCACGCGGGUCAAGGGUGCCCUGGUGCAGAUUGAUGUUGGUGGGGGUCAGGUGUUUGGAGUGAACAGCGCCAACGACAUCUACACACUAUACGGGAGUUCUUGGGGUCAGGUACCAGGAAAAUUGCAGCAUGUUACUGUGGGACCAGCCGGAGUCUGGGGAGUGAACAAGGAAAACAACAUCUUCAAACUUGUUGCUGGAAAGUGGGUGCAGAUCCCGGGGCUUCUGAAGCAGAUUGAUGCAGGUGGAGAUGAGAUCGUGGUAGGAGUGAAUUCCCACGACCAUAUCUAUUGUCUGAAUAAAGGCUCUUCAAUACAACCAUGUAGGGAGAAGUCAGAGUGGACUCAAAUCCCUGGUAGCCUGAAGUACUACAGUUGUGGCCCUAUCAGCUGCUGGGGAGUAAACGGCAGAAACAACAUCUACAUCAGGAAGGGGGUAACUCCCGCGGCAUGUGAGGGGGUGGGUAACUGGCAGCACAUUGGGGGAGCCCUGUCCAUGAUAGAGGUGGGACAGGAUGGAUCUGUCUAUGGCGUGAAUAACGUGGGAAAUAUUUACUACAGGACUGGCAUCACUACCGAACAGCCUGAAGGGACAGACUGGGCCCACAUCGAUCUCUUCAGUGGUCAAGCUAAACAUGUGUCCUUUGACUUGGGGCACCUCUGGGUCGUCUUGAAGAAUGGGCAGAUCUAUGUCUGCAUUCAAUAAACUCAGCAGCAUUUUUGUUUCUGUCUUACGAUUUCAGCAUUUAUCAAUGAUUUUUCUUAGCACACAAUUGAACAAUAAUGCGUUUCACUGUAUCUCUGACAUCCUAUAUGUUAACAAUGACAUCUACAGUGUGCAGGGUUCAAACAUUGACAUCAAUUAACUAUCUUGAAUUGUCAUUGUCAUGUGUCACACAUCAUCCUUUUCCUUAAUAAUCAAAAAUGUAUUCCUUUAUUUCCUACGAGAUGAAUGAAGUUACUCUUCUUCUCGACUCAAUAAAGCAUUUCAAAAUGAA